AUGGGUUUUGGUACACAGACGUACGUCCUCCCCUCACACACUUUUGAGAGUGAGCAAGUACUAACAGCCCUCCAGAAAGGCAUAAUCAUAAAAUGGAUAAUCCUCGGCGUGAUCUUCGCGCUGUUCAUGUCCUGGUUCGUCGGCGGCUACAUCCACGCAAAGCAACGGUUAAAAAAGGGUCUACCACUGUUGGGAUACCAUCGCUUCCUGAUAUCCUACUCGGAACGCAAACGCCACGGCCAAGUCCCCCAAAACCACUUCACCUUCUACGCCCAAGAACAACCCUACUACCCCCAGGGCCAACAGCCCCCUUACGCACAACGCCCCGGCGCUGGCCCUUACGCCGAACCCCCACCGAUGUACAACAACGCAGACGCGCCGCCACAGUACUUUGCGCCCCCCGGUGCAAGUAAGGCGAGUCCAAACCAGCAGGGCGUGGAGAUGCCGCAGUAUGGCGCGCCCGUGUAUAGUACACCCCAAGGGCCGCAGCAGAGCGGUGUUGUGGGUGGGGAUGUCGAGCAGGGGCAGAGUCAGGCUUUGCCGCCGAGGCCGCAGCAGGCAAAGGAGAAGCUGAGGGGGAUUGUGGGGAGGUUUAGGAGGUAG